AUGUGGAUCCACACUGACAAGGAGUACCACAGUGGGGAUGAAGAGUAUUAUACCGUUCCCGAUCCAACGUCUAAAAAGGGCAAAGGAAAGGAGGCAGUUACAAGCACUCAGGCGUCAAAACGCCAGUUACCUGCUAGAAAGGUAUCGGUUGUGGAAACCGAGAAUAUUUUGAAGACCAGCAGAUCAGUGAGGGCUAGCAAGGAGGCCGUUGAGACAAAGAAGAAAGAAUCAAUUGAAGAUAAAGCCUCCCGUCUUUCCAGCGUUUGGGAAUUGAAUGUCGAAACACGUACCGUUGAUACCGCGAAAAUGACAGGUAGCAAGAAGAAUGAAGCGUCAAUCGCGUCCUCUUCGAAGAAGACAUCAACCCAACAGACACAUUCUUCCACACAACAAGUGGCAAAUGUUGAAAGGGAAAGAACACUCUCUGCCCAACCUGAGCCACAUGUUGAAAGGGAAACGACACCCCCCUCUGCUCAACCUGGACCGGCCGUCCAGGGGGAUAUGGGGCCGCCUCCUAUUCCCAUUCAGCCACCCAGUAAAGCCACUCCGUCCCAUGGUCCAUUCACACAGGCCUUUAUGCAGACCCAGGACUUUGCAAAAGAGUACGGGUUUGAAAUCGAGAAAUUAUUCGGACUAGAGGACGUCUUCACAACUCCUCCUUCUACCCUAUUCAUGCCAGGAACCCAAAAUGGUAGUGUGAGGAAGAAGGCACACAUCGGAAGGAUGAGUGCCCAAAGGUCGGGGGGUAGACCUCCUGCCUUGGGCUUGGAGUUGGCUCACGACUACCCCUCUUUGCCUGACUCGCAGCCAUAUGCCUUCCAUAAAUACCAAAAGAAGACACGUCAACCUCCAAAAAUGCUGAUUCCUGGUCCUGAUCCUGAGUCCCAGAUUCCUAUACAAGACACAACACAAGUUAUGGGUCCCCCGCCACUUCCAGCGAACCAACGAGGUCUGCGGACUGCAUUACAAUAUGGUCGACAAAGUAUGGAACUGCCGUUAAAUGGAGUCAUGGGACACGCCCCGGCCAUGGGAACUUAUAACUCUCGGAUGCUUGGGAACAUGAAAAUACCUGGCCAUCCGGAGUUGAUUGGGCACCCACGUCCAAGUGGGAUGGAUAUCCUGACACAUGCAGCAGCAAUUCAAGAGCGGUUGCUAGUGCUAGAAAAUAGCCGUCAAGCCGGAGUGCAGUCGGAGGGGCAAACCCCUAGAGGACAAAGUACUGGAUAG